AAAUUUCCUACGGGUUGGGACGAAAAUAAAUACCUAGUAAAAAUGGAAAUUCCCAAUUUACCCGCGUUAUUUUGAAGUCGGUUACCUCAACUCACUAGGGCUCUAAGCUCUCGUGGUGUCAGUCUAGCUCUCCGAAAUGUACGGCCUCCUAUUUGUCCUCCUCUUCUUCACCGCUGCAGUCUCCGCCGCUUCAUUCCCGGACCGCUUCACCACCUCCUCCUCCGUCCUCCGUCACAAAUCCCAAGAAUACUUCGAGCUCAACCAUCCUCUACCGUCCGAUCUCCUCCCGCCGUCGUGCUCCCGCCGCGUCCUCACCCACUCCUUCGCCAACACCAUCAACGGCCCUCCCUACUCCGCCCCCUACUCCCCUCCGCCGCCGUCAGACUCCGACUGCUCCGCCCCAUGGUCCCACGUCGCCCUCGAGUUUCGCGCCACAUGCAAAGGCGAGCAGUACGACCGCAUCGCCGGGAUAUGGCUCGGCGGCGUCGAGCUCCUCCGCACCAGCACCGCCGAGCCGACGGAGAAGGGAAUCUUCUGGAAGCUUCGCAAGGACAUCACGAAGUACUCCUCGCUCCUCACUCGCUCCGAUCUCACCCUCACCAUGAUGCUCGAGAACGUCGUCGACCGCGUCUUCACCGGAGUCUACCACGUCGACGUUCUUUUCCUCUUUUACAAGCAAACCGUCGCCGUUAUUGAGCCUAGGAUUUCUCCGAUCAUUCCGGAUCAUAAAUUGGGGAUCGCUCCUGAGGAGCCUGCCGAUUUGAUCGUUCCGAUCUCCGACGACGGCGACAGAGGCUUUUGGUUCAGAAUCGAAAGCGAGUCGGAUUCCCCUUCCAGGCAAAUCCGACUCCCUCGGAACACACGACGUGUCGUUCUCGAGCUCUACGUCUCGUUUCACGGCGACGACGAGUUCUGGUACUCGAAUCCGCCGAAUCUGUACAUCUCGACGAACAAUCUGACCACCGGGAGAGGAAACGGAGCUUACCGGGAGGUUUUCGUGACGGUCGACGGCGAGCUGGUGGGGUCGGAGGUGCCUUUUCCGGUGGUGUUCACCGGCGGGAUCAACCCGCUGUUUUGGGAGCCGGUGGUGGCCAUCGGAGCAUUCAACCUUCCCUCAUAUGAAUUCGAACUGACGCCAUUUCUGGGGAAGCUUCUGGAUAAGAAGGCUCAUAGCUUUGGGAUAGGAGUGAGUGAUGCAAUCUCAUAUUGGCUUGUUAACGCCAACUUACACAUUUGGUUGGAUCACAAGGCCAAGACGGUCCAUGCUAAAUCGAGCCUUUUACCAUCGCCGGCGAUUCAACUGAAGCGUAAUGCUGAGUUUAAACUGCUGGAUGGAUCGUUCAAGAUCAAGGCGCAGAGGAGGACUGGCUUUGUUGGGUGGGUUAAGUCGAGCUCCGGGAACUACACCACCAUGUUUUCGCAGAAGUACAAGUUCAGUAGCUCGAUUAGCUUCGCGCAGAAUGGGACUUACAAGUUGGUGCAGCAGAAUGUGAAGGCUGAUAAGGAAGUGAGGGUUGUGGGUGAGAAUGGUGUGGAGGUUCUCAGGACUAGGAGUAAGAGGAGGUACCCUAUUCAGGUUAUUACAGCUACGCUGCCUGGUAGGAAGAAAGAUACCUAUGUGCUUGUCACCAAUGUCACGCAUUCGAUGAAGGAGAAGAGCUUGCGCGGUGGAUACUUGAGCCGCGUCAACAACUUUCAGGAUUCCAAGGGGUGGAUGGAGGUCAGGGAUCAUUCUGUGCUAUCCGGAACUGCAGAUACUCAGCAGAGUUUUGGUUACAGAGGUGACUAUGGCUGCUACUUGCGCCUUAUUGACGCUGUUGAUGGCAGCCUGAUCAGGGAUAAUUCCAGCUUCCAUUGUCUAUCUCCUGCAUGAUUCUGAUCUCCCUGCUCUUACAUUCUUUCCCUGUUGCAAGGUUUCAAAGCUUCAAGUAGCUAUCCAUGUAUGUGUUCCUUUCUAGUUUUUAGUAUAAUCUGGCUUCAGGGCCACUUCAUCAGAUUGUAAUAAAUGUACAGCUCUGAGAACCUGUGGAAUUCUUAUGCAUUCUGUUAA